CAAUAGAUUGUUUAUCGAUAGGGAGAGGCCAGACUAAUGGGCAUGGCAAAGGAGCACUUUGUGCUUGUUCAUGGGGAAGGUCAUGGAGCCUGGUGCUGGUUCAAGCUCCGCUGGCUCCUUGAGGGUUCUGGUUACCGUGUCACAUGCAUUGACCUUGCCGGAGGUGGCGUUGAUCCUACUGAUCCCAACACAGUCCGGUCGUUCAAGCAGUACGACAAGCCGCUCAUGGACCUCAUCUCAACCUUGCCAGAGGGGGAGAAGGUGAUUCUAGUCGGGCAUGGUGCUGGAGGGCUGAGCGUAAUUCAUGCAAUGCAUGAAUUUGUUGACAGGAUCAGUCAAGCAUUUUUUGUGGCAGCUACAAUGCUACCAUUUGGAUUUCAAACGGAUGAAGAUAAGGAAGACGGAUUACCAACUUUGCCCGAGAACGAGAUUGAAUUGACACUUGGUGCAGCAGCAGAUGAUCCUCCAACAACCGUUGCCUUGAGACUAGAAUUUCAACGUGAUCGACUAUCACAACAAAGCCCUGAAGAGGAAUCAGUCCUUGCUUCAAUGCUGAUGCGACCGUGGCCUGCAGCAGCUAUUAGUACUGCAAACUUUGAAGGAGAUGAUGAGAGAUUAAAUCGAGUCAAACGGAUUUUCAUAAAGGCAGAGCGUGACCAUAUGCUGAACCCUGAACAGCAAGAUUCCAUGAUCAAGAAGUGGCCACCCAGUGAGGUUUUGGUCAUAGAUACAGAUCACAGUCCCUUCUUCUCUGCACCAGAACAACUCUUUAAUUUAAUAGCCAAAUCUCUAUGAUACAAGUAUGCAGAAAGCUACAGUGUGGGGCCUGCCCUACGUGUAAUAUUAGCCACACACAAUAAUCAGCGCUAGAUUUAGGAUCUCACUUUUGUGAAACAUGCUUCUCAGUGAAUAUGCAAGGUACAUCCACUUAAAUGGUUUAAGGGUGCAAGUAA